GAAAUGAUUUUGUGAAGUCAGAAGAUGAUAAACUCGCUGAGGUCAAGACCUCUGUUGUACUCAUUUUUAUGUCGCCACUGACAAGGGCAGUACUUAGCACAAGGCAAGAGUUCAAUGUAUGUUUGUGGUAGGGUGAAAUGGAUGGACCAGUAUAUGUAGGUUUCUAUAAAAACUCAACAUAUUUCUAAUAAUUUGGAAACAAGAGAAAGGAUGCCUUAAAAAGGCUUUAUAAUUUAAGAUAUUAAAUAUAUUAACAUAAAAACGUGGCUUGUUCAGUUAGGCACAGGAUUGUUAUUUUUGUAGAUGGUUAAACUGAAGCAGCAGAGGCUGCAGUUCCCCAGUGCGGACUGUGGGCGCCGCUGUUGGCCAAAAUGGAGAGCUUGGGCACCGGCGAUCUCCUCGCGCAGCCGCAGCGCACUUUCCCUAUCAGACUCGCUAGCCCGAUCCUUUACACCACUUCCUCCUCCGGAAAAGAAGAAACCCUGACCCUCACACAGGACUUACAGCCUGUUCGGAGCUCCGGACAUCUGCAGCACAGAGAGUAUUUGUAAUCCGGCGUCUCCAGGCCGGUGAGCAAUCUGAGGGAAGCAAGAGGGAUGGGGAGCGGCGCUGCCGAGAGGGGCUGGGCUGAGAGGCGGCCGGUGCUCUUUCCCUUCCUGCUGUCUUUGUUCGGCCCGGCGCUCUCUGAGCAGAUCCGCUACCGGAUUCCCGAGGAAAUGCCCGAGGGCUCGGUGGUGGGGAACCUCGGCAAGGAUUUGGGACUCAGCGUGCAGGAGUUACCGACUCGACAACUGCGCAUCAGUUCGGAGAAGGCUUACUUCACCGUGAGCGCCAAGAGCGGGGAGUUACUUGUGGGCAGCAGGCUAGACCGGGAGCAGAUAUGUGGGAAGAAGCCAGCCUGUACUCUGGAAUUUGAGGCUGUUGCUGAAAAUCCGUUGAACUUUUAUCACGUGAGUGUGGACAUCGAAGAUAUUAAUGACCAUAGCCCAAAAUUCACCCAAACUUCUUUUGACCUGCAGAUAAGUGAGUCUACUGUGCCAGGCACUCGGUUUAUCUUAGAAACAGCUGAAGAUGGAGAUAUUGGUUUAAAUGCCCUGCAGCUUUAUAAACUCUCUCUUAGCCCUAUUUUCUCAUUGAUAAAUAAAGAGAAACAAGAUGGCAGUAAAUACCCAGAACUGGCAUUGGAGAAACGUUUAGACCGGGAACAACAGAGUUACCAUCGUUUAGUUCUGACUGCCUUGGAUGGUGGAGAUCCUCCGCUCAGCGGCACCACUGAGCUCCGGAUCCAGGUCACUGAUGCCAAUGAUAACCCCCCUGUAUUCAACCAGGACGUUUACAGAGUAAGCCUUCGAGAAAACGUGCCCCCAGGCACCGCAGUGGUGCAGGUAUCAGCCACUGACCAAGACGAGGGCCUCAACUCUGAAAUCACUUACUCCUUCUACAGGACCGGGCAAGUCUUCAGUCUGAAUUCAAAGAGCGGGGAAAUUACAACUCGAAAGACUCUGGAUUUCGAAGAAAUCAAGGAAUAUUCUAUAGUGGUGGAAGGGAGGGAUGGUGGAGGAUUGGCUGCACAAUGUACAAUUGAAAUUAACAUUCAAGAUGAAAAUGACAACCGUCCAGAAGUUACAUUCCAUUCUCUAGCCGAAAUGAUUCUGGAAAACGCACGGCCAGGAACGCUAAUUGCUUUGAUCAAAAUACAUGAUCGAGAUUCCGGGGAGAACGGGGAGGUUAAUUGUCGAUUAGAGGGUGAAGUUCCUUUUCAGAUAAUCUCUUCAUCUAAAAAUUCAUAUAAGUUAGUAAUAGAUGGGACUCUGGACCGAGAACAGACCCCAGAAUACAAUGUCACCAUAACAGCCACUGACAGGGGCAAGCCGCCCCUCUCCUCCAGCACUAGUGUCACUUUGAUCAUUACUGACGUCAAUGACAAUGCUCCAGUUUUUCACCAGGCCGCCUACGUGGUUCACGUGAUGGAGAACAACCCUCCUGGAGCAUCCAUCGCACAAGUCAGCGCCUCGGACCCCGACCUGGGGCCCAACGGCCGCGUCUCCUACUCCAUCGUGGCCAGCGACCUGGAGCCACGCGCGCUGGCGUCCUACGUGUCCGUGAGCGCGCAGAGCGGGGUGGUGUUCGCGCAGCGCGCCUUCGACCACGAGCAGCUGCGCGCCUUCGAGCUGACCCUGCAGGCGCGCGACCAGGGCUCGCCCGCGCUCCGCGCCAACGUGAGCCUGCGCGUGUUGGUGGGCGACCGCAACGACAACGCGCCCCGGGUGCUGUACCCGGCGCUGGGGCCCGACGGCUCGGCGCUCUUCGACACGGUGCCGCGCGCCGCGCAGCCCGGCUACCUGGUCACCAAGGUGGUGGCGGUGGACGCCGACUCGGGACACAAUGCCUGGCUGUCGUACCACGUGCUGCAGGCCAGCGAGCCGGGACUCUUCAGCCUGGGGCUGCGCACGGGCGAGGUGCGCACGGCGCGCGCUUUGGGCGACAGGGACGCGGCCCGCCAGCGCCUGCUGGUCGCUGUGCGGGAUGGGGGACAGCCGCCCCUCUCGGCCACAGCCACGCUGCUCCUGGUUUUCGCCGACAGCCUACAAGAAGUGCCGCCAGAUGUCAGCGACCGCCCGGCGCCCUCUGACCCCCAGGCUGAGCUGCAGUUUUACCUGGUGGUGGCUUUGGCCCUGAUCUCGGUGCUCUUCCUCCUCGCGGUGAUUCUGGCGGUUGCCCUGCGCCUGGGACGCUCCUCCAGCCCUGCCUCCUGGAGCUGCUUUCAGCCUGGUCUGUGUGUCAAGUCAGGACCUGUGGUUCCUCCCAACUACAGUGAAGGGACUUUGCCUUAUUCCUACAAUUUGUGCGUUGCCCAUACUGGAAAGACAGAGUUUAAUUUUCUAAAGUGCAAUGAGCAGUUGAGUUCAGGACAAGAUAUACUGCUUUGUGGUGAUUCAUCUGGGGCCUUAUUUCCACUUUGUAAUCCCAGUGAGUCGACUUCCCAUCCUGAAACUCUAACGCCGGUGAGUUCUAUAUAAGUAUCUACUCCUUUUCAUCAUUUAUCCAGUUUUUCAUAUUUAUAUGAAAAUCUAUUACAUUUCUAAGUAGUAAGUUGUCUUAAGGAUAUUAUAGCCCAUCGGAAAGCUGUACUUCCAUUUUUUAAGGAGAAUAGUGAGCUGGGAGUAGUUAUGUGACAUAUAAUAGAGUUAUCACACCUAGUUCAGAUUUAUGAAGUAGUGAGUUUCCUCCUUGCUUCACAGCAGAAGUAUUAUAUCAAUUUCUUAUAUCUUUUUUCAUAGGUAAUGAAAUUUACCCAGAUUGCCUCAUUUAUUUAACAUAUUUGAGUUUUUUUACAUGUAAGUAAACAUUAAAUUUAAAGUAGGCAAUCAUUUAAUUCGUUCUUUAAAGCAAAGAAACUAUUAGCCUUCUUUCUUCACUGAUUUCACUAGUAGACUUUCCAUCUUUUUAAAUGUUUAUUCCUCAUGUCUAGUUCCUUAUAUCUACUUAGUCAUGACUGUUUGAGUACUUUUAAAUUGUAAGAAAAAUCGUGUGGGGGGAGGAGCGGGGGAGAGAGACUCAGUGAAUUCAUCAGAAGGUCCAAUCAUUAUCUAAAUUCCUUCAAAUUUUCUUGAAUAUAAAAUCCUCCUCUUCCUCUUAUAGUUACUAGAAGACACUUGACAAAAGAAAAGGAAAUGCUAUUGCCUCUAUCACUUGCUCUCAUUCCUUACCUAUAUUUUUUGAAGAAAGGGGGGAAAGUCACUGGAUUUGUGUUAUUAUUUGGAACUCUAAACAUUUGUAAUUAGAGGUUUUCUCAUCAUUCUUGUAUCUGUAGGAGGGAAGGAGAAUCCCGAAUAUUCCAUUUAAUGGCAAAAAUUACUAAUUUCAUGCUCAAAGUUGCCAUUUCUUAAGAAUCAGUCUUUUGCUUUGUCUUCCUUAGUAACUGCUUCAGUAAAUGGUAUCUU